UAACGUCCUAUUAACAGCUAAGGUCUUUUAAGGACCUGCCUCCGUGUAUCUUGCGGAUGCAUGCAUGUGUGUAUGUGUGCCGGAAACAGGGUAUUUUAGUGUACUUGCCUCAUUGUGAUAGCGCGAUCUGAUGCCGCCUUUAUAGAAAUACAAUGUCGAAGGCACCCAGCACAGCCUUCCGCCCAGAAACAUUAUAUUGACAACGGGUGAACCCAGGGUAACAGUUGGUGUGGUCUUUUCUUGAUCCCCGACCUGCAGGGAUGUACAAAAUUGAAACUGACCAGAUCGAUGUGGAGAGGGGCCAUAUCUGGCAUACUAAAAUUAAUAAUUUAUCAAACUGUUGCAAAGUCAUAGAAAAAGUAUUUUGAUGUUUUGUCAUUUUCAUCUGAAAGUCUUUUUAAAAAAUAAAAUCUUUAACUGCGCCUAAUGAUGGGUCGCCUGCAGGUUCUUAUGUUUCAGUCUGUGUUUUCUGCUAAGAAGAAACUUAAGUGACAUGUUAUUGAACUGCUGCCCCCAUUGCAACGCUUGCGAAUUUCUCUUUUCCCUAUAUCUCUACAUUCUCUUUCUGAUUUGCCUUAUCUAAUUGUCUUAAUCCCACAAACCACUCAAACAUCCAUCUAAAAUACUUGAACAUCAUAAACAAGAUACACCACGCGAUGGGGCAUUUUAAAUUUUUGUACGACACUCAUGUUCAUCCGUACAGAAAGAAAAGUCAGACCACCAAUUCCGGUUUUAACCUUGUGAAUCGAUCUACCUCAAUAAUCGCCAUGGCAGUAAUUCCGGAACAAACGUUACUCAGUGGAUACAAGAUACCAUGCGUUGGUCUCGGAACUUGGGAGUCAAAACCUGGAGACUUUAGGGCGGCUGUGAAGACUGCGAUAGGGCUGGGAUACCGGCAUUUCGACUGUGCACUCGCCUAUGGAAAUGAAAAGGAGAUCGGAGAGGCAUUUAAGGAAAUAACUGAUGAAGGAACAGUCAAACGUGAGGAAUUGUUCAUCACAACAAAGCUUUGGAACACCUACCACAGUAAGGCCCGAGUACUGGAGGGGUGUAAGGAGUCACUGACAAACUUCGGUCUGGACUACAUUGAUCUGUACAUCAUUCACUGGCCUUUUGCUACGAGGGAAAAUGAUGGGUUGUACCCAUUAACACCUGAUGGCAAGACUGAUGUUGUCGAUAUAGACUUCAUAGAAACAUGGACAGCCAUGCAGGAUUUGGUAGACGAGGGUAUGUGUAGAUCCAUAGGUGUGUCUAACUUCAAUUCUAAACAGAUUCAGAGGAUUUUAGAUCUUGGUUUGAAACAUCCAUUGUCAUGUAACCAGAUCGAAAUAUCUCCCUAUAAUUCCAAUGGAAACUUGCUACAGUUCUGUCAAUCCAAAGGCAUUGUCGUAGUGGCGUAUUGCCCUCUGGGUUCUGCUGAGCGACCAUGGGCGAAACCUGACGACCCUAAAUUACUAGAAGAACCGGAGAUAGCAAAAAUAGCAACUCGAUACAGCAAGUCACCUGGCCAGGUUGUACUUCGAUGGGGUGUACAAAGAGGAUAUAUCGUCAUACCGAAAAGCGUGUCUGCAGCAAGAAUGACACAAAACAUUGAAUGCCUCACACAGUCCCUACUAUCCUUUCAAAGAGGAGGUUUAGGUUUGGACACCAAACAUGAAAUACAUACUAUUUGUUCAACGAAUAGUGGAUAUUUUUGUUUACAUUUCUCGUAUACUUUAAUUCAUAUAUGCUGAUGAAUCGGAGACGGGGAUUUUCAUUGGGUCUUUUGCUUAGAAGACAUCGCAGAAGGGGAAAUUAUCCGCCGCCAAAUCGCAACGCUUGGGAUAAUGUUUGUUUCUUUACUCAUUUCUUGUUUUGGCGGAGUUUGAGGAAUGGACACCUAUCAUGACAAAUACCCAUUGGUCAACGAUGGUGUGUAUUUUUGUAUAAAUUUCUUGUAUACUUUAAUUCAUAUACUGUAAAGUGGUGGAUGUAAUUGAACAUGUUUCUCAACUCUAUCAAAAACACCUUUGAUGCAAUUAAAUACGGUAUUAUCUGAUGCCAAUACACUUGUCAA